AAAACCAGUCAAGCUCCCGUUACCCUGUCUGCCAGCUGCCGGCUCUGCAAAAUGGAGCCCCGUGCUCUUGCUCUCUUCUCCGUCCUCUGCCUCUCCCUUCUUCUUCUUCUUGGUGCCGCCCAUGCCGCCACCGCCGGAGCCGCAGACGGCACGGAGCGGUGGGGAUACGUGGAAGUUCGGCCGAAGGCUCACCUCUUCUGGUGGCACUACAAGAGCCCCCAGGCCCAGAGGGUGUCCACGCCCACCAACCCAUGGCCGACCGUCCUCUGGCUGCAGGGCGGCCCGGGGGCGUCGGGCGUCGGGGUCGGCAACUUCCUGGAGGUCGGGCCGCUCGACGGCGACCUGAAGCCACGCAGCUCCACAUGGCUGCACAAGGCCGACCUCAUCUUCGUGGACAACCCGGUAGGGGUCGGGUACAGCUACGUGGAGGACGACGACGGCCUGCUGGUGACAACGGACCUGCAGGCGGCGGCGGACAUGACCACGCUGCUCAAGGCCCUCGUCAAGGAGCUGGCGACCUUGCAGAGCAGCCCGCUGUUCAUCGUCGCCGAGUCCUACGGCGGCAAGUACGCCGCCACGCUCGGCGUUUCCCUCGUCAGGGCCGUCCGCGCCGGCGAGCUCAAGCUCACCCUCGGCGGCGUCGCGCUCGGAGACAGCUGGAUCUCGCCGGAGGAUUUCGCGUCUUCGUACGGGACGCUCUUGCUCCAGGUGUCGAGGCUGGAUCGCAACGGCGCAGACCACGCAAACAAGGACGCGCAGGUGGUGAGGCAGCAGAUUGCGGCGGGGCAGUUCAAGCAAGCACAGGCCACGCUCAACAGGAUGCUCAGCUGGAUCGUCGUCAACAGCGGCCACGUGGACGUGUAUAACUUCCUGCUGGACGCCGGGAUGGACCCGGUCGCCGCGGGUGCGUCUGCGAGCUCAUCGCCGGCGCCGGAGUACUCAAGGUACCUGGAGAGCAAGUCCGUAGGGGACUCCAUUCAGGAGGCCAUGAAUGGAGCCAUCAAGCAGAAGCUCAAGAUCAUCCCCAAAGACGUGGUAUGGCAGGCGCAAUCCUACAGCGUCUAUAACGCGCUGAUCAACGAUUUCAUGAAGCCGAGGAUUCAAGAGGUCGACGAGCUCCUGUCGUAUGGAGUCAACGUGACUGUGUACAAUGGGCAGCUGGAUGUGAUCUGCUCGGCGAUCGGCGCGGAAGCAUGGGUGGAGAAGCUCAAGUGGGAUGGACUGAAUAACUUCUUGGCCCUGCCAAGACAGCCUCUCUACUGUGGCUCAGCUGGAGCCACCAAGGGCUUUGUUAGAUCUUACAAAAACCUGCAUUUCUACUGGAUCCUUGGAGCAGGGCACUUUGUGCCUGUUGAUCAGCCCUGCAUUGCGCUUGAUAUGAUCGGCAACAUAACACAGUCUCCGGCUCUCUCUCGUUCAUAGAAGUGGAAAUUCGGAGGAGCACAGCACAGAAGGGAAAAAAGGGAGCUGCAUUUCUCUCAGCUCCUGCUGGUCGGCGUGGUGGGGACGUGCAGAUCAACCUGGAUUUAUUUUAACCCAUGGAUGUGGCAUUGUGGCGCCCCUGUUUCUUCCUAACAACAAUAAUAAUAAUGCACUUUCA